GCCCUAUCGUAGGUUUCACUUCUCGCGUUCUUCAUUUUUCUGCCGCCGCCUCUCUGCCCGGCAGCCGUCGCCUGAGUCGCACAGGGGCCGCCUCUCCUUCUCCCGCCCUGCGGUCGCUCCUUCCCCCGCCCAUCGGUCGCCGUUUCCUGAGUCGCACUGGGGCGGCCGCUCCGUCUCCCGCCCUGCGGGCGCCGCCGCAAGAUCUUGGACGGGCCCCAAGAUCUUCAACGGGGCAGCCGGCCAGCGCCGCCCGGCGGCCCUCUCUCUCCAUCGAAGGAUCUUCGGACGGCGGCCGAGAUCGGUUCCUCCGCGCGUCGUGGUUGAGAUCCCUCGCAUAGGAUAUCGGCAUGGCUGGCGAAGGCAUCUCGAUAGAUGAAUUUAUGGAGUACGACUCGAUGGUCAGGCAGACAUUUAAAAGUGAGAACGAAGCGUACAAGUUCUACUUAGGGUAUGCGAAGAACAAAGGGUUUGGUGUUAGAAAGGGCGAUCUGAAAUAUAAGGGAAACAAGGAAAAUGCAUACCGGAGGACGUUUGUGUGUUGCAAACAAGGAUAUCGUGACGUAAAGCACUUUGAUGAAACCGACAAGAAAAGGACGCCAAGGGCACUCUUUCGGUGUGGUUGUCCUGCUCUUUUGCAGGUUGAGCUUCAAGCAAGCACUGGAUUGUGGUUUGUAAAGAAUUUUGUUGACCAACAUAGCCAUCCAUUCAUAAAUCCUGAGUUGUCACCUUUCUUGUGGUCUCAUCGUGGCAUGACCGAUCCACAGAAGGCGGAUGUCAUUGAGUACUCGGUUGGUGGACUUCGCACACAUCAGAUAAUGGAUGUGAUGGAGAAGCAGGCUGGUGGUUUGGGCAAGGUUGGAUUUAUAUCUCGCGAUCUGUAUAACCAUGUCGCGUUGGAGAAGAAGAAAAAGAUAGAAGGUAGCGAUGCUCAAUUUAUGCUGAACUACAUGACAGCACAACAGAUGAAAGACCCAGAUUUUUUUACAGAUACACCACAGACAGUGAUGGGCAUCUGCAGAACAUAUUCUGGGCAGACGCCCAAUCUCGCUUGGACUAUGUUGAAUUUGGUGGUGUGGUGGUGUUUGACAGCACAUACCGGUCAAACAAAUAUAGGUUGCCGUUUGUUCCAUUUGUGGGACUGAACCAUCACCGCAGCACAGUCGUGUUUGGGGUUGGUCUUGUAUCCGACGAGUCGGCUAACUCAUAUGAGUGGCUGCUUCAGGUUUUUUUGGAGGCAAUGCACCAGAAGCAUCCCAUUUCAGCGAUCACAGACGGCUACGUUUCAAUGGCCAAAGCCAUAUCAUCAGUCUGGCCUAGCACAUAUCACCGUCUGUGCAGCUGGCAUAUCGAGCAGAAUAUGGUGCUUCACCUCCGAAAGGAAAAGCUUAAGGAAUUUAGGAAAUUUAUUUACUAUGCCAUGGAGGUUCAUGAGUUUGAGAGACGCUGGUUGGCUUAUAAGAAGAGAUUCAGAAUCACAAGGAAAAAGAAAGAUGCAUGGAUUCACAGGAUGUACGAGCUGAGAGAAAAGUGGUCUGUAGCAUAUAACAAGGGAAGGUAUUUCCUAGGGAUGUUGAGCAAUCAGAGGAGUGAGUCUCUAAACUCGAGGCUUCAUGUGCACCUGAAUAGGAGAAUGAAACUCGUUGAUCUCGUGCAACACGUUGAACACUGUGUGUCAGUUUUGCGUAGGAAUGAAGCAGCAUUGGACGACGUAGCUUCGCACACAAUCUCCUUCACUAGAUUGACUGCCGAUCCACUUGAGAUAAGUGCCUCAUCUAUUUAUACCCCUGUUAUGUUCAGUAAGGUAAAGGACGAGAUUGUCAACUUAUCAAGAUGGAAUGUUCUUGAGGUGGAAGAGGACACUGGUUUGGUUAGCUAUGGAGUUGCUCGCAAAGAGUCGGUGCACGUUAGGUUCCAUGUCACAUGUAUUUUUGAUGGAUCUAAGAUGGAAAGUGCAUAUUGUGGAUGUAGGAAGAUGGAAAGCGAGGAUUUUCCAUGUGCUCAUAUAUUUUGCGUUUUGAAGUAGAAUGGGAUAUGCACCAUCCCCGCAUGUUGUGUGAAGGCUAGAUGGACAAUGCAAGCCAAGCCUGCUUUCGGUUCUGUGAGGAGUGCCAAUACACAUGUAUGGUCAGAACAGAUGGAUAAGUACCAUGAACUGCGCAAUAUGGCUAGUGAGGCUUUAUUCACGGCCUCAGCUAGUGAAAUGCAGUCAGAAAAGGUGAUGGAGUACCUGAGGAGCAUAUUGGACGAGGGCAACAAAAAUGAUGGGAAUACUGGCACGCCAUCAUUUGUUCCUAUGCCGGCUUAUUUUUCUGGGGCGCGGCAAUGGUUUACAGAUCAAGUCCAAGACCCUAAACCAAUAAUAAAUCCCAAAGGCAGACCAGCCAAAGAAUCGAAUAAGAGGUUGAAGCCAUUCCUGGAGAAUUUGCAAGCAAAAAAGAAAACAUUGAAGAAAGUUCAUGGUCAGUUGAGUAGGGGAGGAAGAAAAAAGUGAACAAUACUGUAGAAGAAGCAGGAGAAGAAGAAGGAGGAGAAGAAGAAGAAGAAGAAGAAGAAGAAGAGGCGGCAGAAGAAGAGGAUCGUGCUAAGAAGAGGAAACCGGUGAAGUAAGUUUUAAAAAAAAUUCAUGUAUCUUGUCUACUGUACUUGUGCAAGUCGAACUGUUGUUGAAGCAUGGUAAUAUGUGCAAUUUAAACAAUGUUUUGCACUACACAGGAAAGCUUCAGCAAAGGUGACUGAAGUUAGUAUGAUGACUCGGGGGAGAAAGAGAAAAGAGAACAAUGACGAAGUGUGUGCUAAGAACAAAAGACCUUUCAAGUCGACCAUCGUCAACAUCCUGAAGAGAGAUGGCACAGUCCCGAAUUGUACCUUGGAUGUUUUAAGCGGCAAAUCAGGCACUAAAUGGGGAGAUAACUACCUUAAACAUGACAUGAUUUUCCUACCUUCAAAUAUUCCCAAGAACCACUGGUUCCUAGCUGUUGUCAACUCCCAAAAGAGGGAGAUUCAAAUUCUGGACUCACUCCAAUCACGCAACAACCGGAAAGAAGUAAUUGCUGCGCUUCUUGGAAUGGAAACACAUAUUGAUAUAGCAGUGAUGGAAAAUGGAAUGCAAGGAAGUAGAUGGCCGGACACUCAAGUGGCUUCGUGGCCUAUCAAAGACUAUGAAGUGCCACAGCAAACAGAUGGCUGUUCCUGUGCUCUCUGGGUGUUGAAAUUCAUCCAAUAUUGGACCGGAGUGAGAUUGUCGGCAAUAUUCAACCAGGAUGACAUAAGACAGUUCAGAAGAUGGCUUGCUGCUGCCUUGAUCAAUUCACCUCACAAUGAGUUGAAAGUUCGGAAGGCCAUACCAGCAGUUGAUUUACAAGAUGAUUUAGAAGAUCUCGACCUCGGAGGUGACGACGGACACAACGACAGCGGAGAUGUCUCAGGAGACGAUGGUUCCGCACUAUAGUUGUGUGCUGCUGGACUUAGGGUAGAGUUAAUAGGAUUGGGCGUGGUGUGGUUUUUGCCCCGUAGACGGUUUCCACACCGUUUUCAAUUUUAUUACUUUAUCUAUACAGCAGAGAUGUAUCAAACAAUUUUUUUGGUUGUGCUAUUUCAUAUAUACGGCAAAUUGCCGUACAUUACUAUUUUUAUCUGCAUUGAAUAUCUACAUUAAUUUUUAAUUAAAGUCUUUCAUGCACAAAA